GAGGUCCUUCACUUCAACCACAGCUGACAACAAAAAACCCAGAGAUUUCACAGCAGGAAAUAACUUCAGCACACACUGGACAAAGAGCUCUCUCCAUUUCUGCUAAUGUGAUGAUGGCCUCCGCUGCUUUCAUAAAAGACACAGGCUGCACAGGCAUGCUGUACGUCCUCCUGUUUGGACUACUGCUGCCUUCAGUGUCAACCACUACAAUGUCCCCUUCCACUACUGCCUCCACGUCAACCGCAGCACCUACUACCACCAUGGCAGCCAUGACAACCACCGGCACCAUCCAGUCCACCACUGUCAUGACCACUGGAGCCCCAGCAGCCAUCACCAAUACCCAGCCCCCUACCACCACCUCUGGACCCACAACCACGGUCCAGCCCCCCACCGUUAGCGCAGCAACCCCCACCGCCCAGCCUGCCACCUCAGCCACUGUUGGAGGUACAACAAUUGGCAGCACCACCCAGUCUGUCAAAACCAUAACCACCUCCGGAGGGAUAGCAUCCACCCAGUCCCCUACACCGACAGCAAUAUCUGGAGGUACAGCAUCCACCACCCAGUCCCCUACACCGUCAGCAACAUCUGGAGGUACAGCAUCCACCACCCAGUCUCCUACACCGUCAGCAACAUCUGGAGGUACAGCAUCCACCACCCAGUCUCCUACACCGUCAGCAACAUCUGGAGCUACAGCAUCCACCACCCAGUCCCCUACACUGGCAGCAACAUCUGGAGCUACAGCAUCCACCACCCAGUCCCCUACACUGGCAGCAACAUCUGGAGGUACAGCAUCCACCACCCAGUCUCCUAUACCGUCAGCAACAUCUGGAGCUACACCAUCCACCCAGUCCCCCACACCCACAGCAACCUCUGGAGGCACAGCAUCCACCCAAUCCCCUACACUCAAAACCACCUUACCUUCCACAGCAUCCACCACCCAGUCCCCUACACCCACAGCAACAUCUGGAGCUACACCAUCCACCCAGUCCCCUACACCCACAGCAACCUCUGGAGGUACAGCAUCCACCCAGUCCCCUACAUCCACACCCACAUCUGGAGGCACAGCAUCCACCCAAUCCCCUACACUCAAAACCAGCUUACCUUCCACAGCAUCCACCACCCAGUCCCCCACACCCACAGCAACCUCUGGAGCUACAGCAUCCACCCAGUCCCCUACACCCACAGCAACCUCUGGAGCCAGCACCAUGUCCGGACCUGCCUCCUCCUCCUCCUCCUCCUCCUCUUCCAUGAACUCAAACUCUACUCUUUGGAUCUCAAUGACGUCCAAAACUCCUUCAUCAAACUCUACUUGUGGCAUGACUGGUAUGAAUGGAACCACUAUGAUGUACUGCCCCUCGUUCACCUGUAACUACACAGACUGCUAUACGAUGUACACCAGUCAGAAUACAACGUUAUGUGCUGAUGGUGUCUGCUUGUGUCAGCUGAUCAAACAGACGGACAUGUGUUACACCGUUGGCUGCAGCUUGUCCUGUGCUGAUAGCUGCGUCAACGCCUCUCAGACCAACUGCUCUGUGUACUGCUGCAAUUCUACCGGCUGCCUUAAUAGCAGUUUUGCAUCCAUGAUGAUGAUUACAACCACAGUAAUGCCAAGGACAACUACCAAACCCACAAUGAAAACCACCAUUCUUCCAACAACAGCAAACAAAGGAAACAAAUGCCAUAUUGGUUCAUGUACUGGCACAGAUUGCUACAAAACUUUUCAAACAGCCCAGACAUGCACCUCCUCACAGCCACACUGUCAGCUGAAAAAGGAGAAAGAGGGGUCUGAUUUGAAGUGGACGGCAGGCUGCACCACCAACUGUUCUGCCCAGACUCCAUGCAAGGCCUCCACACUACCUCCAUGUCACCUGGAGUGCUGCAACGCCACUAUGACCUCCUGCCUGUGGUUGAACGGCACGUUGAAUGUUCCUAAUUUCUCCACAAGAGGUCCUCAUCUCAACACAGAAUUGGUUGCUUCCUUAUUUUUCCUGCUCGUCAUCACUUUACUGCUCUGAGUCUCUGAGUAGGAGCUAGCUCAGCUGCUCUGCGGGUCAUUAGGUAAUCAGAGCUUUGUGUCAUUCCUCCAGAGAGAGCAGAGGAUACCAAUAUUUCAUUUAUCUCACUGAUAUUUACAUGUGAUUGUAAUGUAUAUAUGUAAGGGAUUGUGUAAAGCCUCAGUUACCAUGUUGACUUUGUGUCUCCUUUUUUUUUUUAAACAUUUCUAAAUCCCCUUUUUAUCUCUAGUUCAAGAACAACCAAAAUGGCUUGAACAGUAUUUGUAAAUGAAAAAUUAUAUAUUAUAUAACUUCAGGAAUCACUUUACAUUUGAGGUGCAAAUCACCUAUAAAAUUAACACAAUCAUUUUUCACUUUAAACUUUUUUUCUCACUGGAUUUUUAAGAAAUAUUUUUUAAUCACCAUGUCAUUUCUUUGAGCCAUGCACUUGCCCAUAACUUAAUUUCAAGAACUGUUUUCUUGAAGAAAGCUAAAACGGUUUUUGUUUGCACCUAUCGGAAUUAUUUUAGACGUAUUCGUAUGUGUGAGUGAGCCUAAACACGUUUUUGUUAUUGAUGUGGUUAGAAAUGUUUUACUACUUGAAACUCUCCCUAGAUUAUCUUCUCUUCAAGCCAUUGUGAGAGUAUCACAGCUUUGACUCUAAAUGCACUUUAUGAAACACACACAUGUUGAGCUGUUACAGGGUGUUGUGAAGGUUUGCUGAAGUUUUAAUGAAGUGUGCAAUGAAGUACUUUGGGCUAUUCUUUAGUUAAUAUUUUUGUGAAUUUUGAGGUGUCUAUAUUGUGUGGUUUACAGAGAAUAUUUUAAGGUAUAAUGGUGUCAUGUAAAUGUUAAAUGCAAUUAGAAAUGUUAAAAUGCAUUCUAGUUGUGUGUACUGUGUAAAAUAUGAUUGUGCCUUAUAAUGAAAUGAGCUAUA